UCCGGGAUCCUUUGAUCUGACCGCCACCGUUUGACUACUCGAGGCUACCCCCCUUGUCGCGGACUCCGACGAGCUCCGGCCCCGCGCGCCGGCGACCAUGGAGUUCGUCGACCCCUGGGACACUCAGUCCCGCGCUCGCGUCGUCCAUUCCGGCGCCAACUCCACCUCCUCGCCCUCCUCCACCACCGCCGGAGCGUCCCCCUCCCUCCCCCACGCCGCAUCUUGCGCCGCCGCGGCCGUCGCGCUCCUCGCCGCCGCGUACUACCUCCCCCCGGCCUACCAGAUCCUCUCAUCCCUCCUCGUGUGGGUCGCGUCCUCCCUCCUCCUCGCCCCCUUCGCGCCUUCCUCGGCCACCGGCGGCGACUUCUCCGUCGGCCGAGGCCGCCUCCUUCCCGCUCAGGAACCGGCCAAGGAACCGGUUCCGGAGCCCGCCCCCGCUCCCCGCCGCGCUCGUCGGCAGAACCCGGCCCCGGCGCCCGCGAAGCCCUCAGAUCCGGUCGCUGCUCCCGUCCAACCGGCUGCGUCGCUGCAGUCGCUGCAGAAGGCGGCGGGUGCGGGUGGGACCGUCGUGGAUGGCGGCGAGAGGGAGGAGGACGCCGGCGAGUGGACCGACCAAGAGCUGGAGCUCCUCCGGCGGCAGAUGGUGAAGCACCCGGCGGGCGAGCCCCAGCGCUGGGAGAAGAUCGCCGCGGUGUUCGGCGGCCGGCGCACGCCGGAGAGCGUCAUCCGCGCGGCGAAGUCGGGCGCCGCGGCGGCGGGCGGCGGCUCGUUCGAGCAGUUCCUGCGCAAGCGGAAGCCGCUCGACCCGAGGGCCGAGGCUGCCGACGCCGGUGACAAUGCCGGCGGUGGGGAGAGUGCGGAUGGCGCUUGGAGUGCCGGGGAUGACCGCGCCCUACUGAACGCGCUCAAGGAGUUCCCCAAGGACACUGCAAUGAGGUGGGAGAAGGUGGCGGCUGCUGUGCCCGGGAAGACGAAGGCCGCGUGCAUGAAGAGGGUCACUGAGCUCAAGCGGGACUUCCGGAGCACCAAGGCAGCAUCGUAGGACUAUGCGCUUGCCUGAGAAUUUUGGGAGGGUGUCAGGCACUCAGGCUGAAUGGCAUGCAUUGGCUAGCGAGGACAAAGUUACAUGGCUAGCUCCACUGAAUCAUGGAGAUGCCAGAUGAAUAACUGAGAACACAUAAUUCUAGGACAGACCAUAUAAUUGUCCAAUUGUAACUAGAAUCAGGGAAGCCCUUGAGAGUUGAGACAGAUGAGACCUGCUACUAGACAAUGGGAACAAACAGAUGGACAGGACAACAAACAGGCCACUGCAUGAUUUAUUCUAUUUCAUUUUUGGGAAAUUUGUUUGCAGGACACAAAAAGAAUGAGGAUUGUUUCUUAGGACACCAUUGUGUUUGAUUGUGGCUGUAGGACAGCACUCACUCCGACCUGCAAUGCUUGCCCAUAGCACAUCAUGUGCACAGGCCAAGUAAUUACUGGUUUGCUGCAGAAAGCCAUAAGAAGGAAGACAAAGUUUGUUGCUGUUGUCCACGCAGCAUUAACCAUGUUUUCAUUGUAAAUCCAUCCUCGGUACACGAUUAAGUAUUGUUGCCAUGUGUUCUUC